AGACAGAGAGGGAACUGCAGCAGGUCGAGGGAGAAGGAGCAGUAGUAGCGGUCGCAGUAGCAGUAGUAGUAGCAGUAGCAGUAGUAGUAUUAGUAUUAGUAGUAGUACUAGUAAUAGUAGUAGUAGUAGUGGUAAAAAUGAGUUCAGGAGUGACUCAAACCUAUAACAGGACUGAGAAGAAAUACUUUGCACUUUGGGAUUUUGAUGUGGAGGUUCAUUCUUCCAGGCCUGUGGAUGGCGUCAGUGAGGUGGGAGAGGUGAAAGUGUCGGAGGUGCAGAUGGAGGCGGAGACGGACGACAAAACCACUUCAGACACCAAGUCCCUUUGUGACUUUCUCCACGGCUCCGUUCACGAUAAGGAGCACAGCGCACUCAUGAGAGCAGUGCUCUGCUGCUCCGUGGGUAAAGUGUACAGAUUCCCCACUCAGGACAAAGGAUGGCUGCUGGUUCAGGAGAAGAUGUCCGAAACGCCUCUGUCCUUCUCUCUGCCCAGACAGCUACUGAGCAUGCUCAGUGUGGAGUACAGGAACAGGGCUCAGGAGGUCAUGGAUCUGCGUGACCUUUCACCUCACCUGGAAGAGCGCCGCAGUGACAUCAUCAGCCGCUGUGAUCACAUGACCCGCUGUUACCAGGAAACGCUCCAGCAGCUGGACACCGUCUCAGCGUCGUGUAGUUUUAAGGCGAGCAGCAGUAAGUCAGAGCGCCACCUACAGUUCGUCCCCACAAACCUCCACUGUCAGAGGAUGGAGGUGACCAGCCCCGACACGACAGGAGUCUGGUACGACGUGACCACGUUUGGAGCGCCGGCCGACCACCACCAAGGCUUUAAACAGGGAGGACUGAGGAGGCUGAUGUCCAGAGUCGACAUGAACGGUCCUGUGUCAUAUUCCCGGGAGGAGAGAUCCAGGGCCAGGGGGCUGCUGGAGGAGGUUGCCCGAUUACAGCCUCUCAUUUUCGGGCAGGCCGAGGAGCUGCUGGCCCUGUCUCUGGAGGUCAACACUGCGCGGCUGCAGAAGGUCCUGGACGCUCUGGCCAAACGGACGGAGGAGUUCGUCCACGCCCUCAAAGACGAGCUGGUGAACGGAGCUCUCUUGGCUGAACACAGACAAACCGCCGCCCGCCGCCUCUACACCUGCAACGGAAAUCUGCCCGGCAACACCUCAGCCAAUCAGGAGAGGCGAGUGUCAGAGGGACAACUGGAGGUGAACCGGGCCGAGCUGGACUACGACGAAGAGGAGUGGGACACUGUGUGGGCAAACGUAGGGAAAAGCCUAAACUGCAUCAUCGCUCUGGUGGAUCGACUCAAAGAGAAACAGGGGAGUCCAAAACCACCUGAUCCACGGGACUCAAACCCUCACAACAAACGCGCGCCCUCCUCGUCCUCCUCUCCCUCCUCUUCAUUGUCGUGGCAGGAACAGUUGCUCCCCCUGGUGGUGACGUUGAGGGACUGCGUUCGUGAGGCGGUGUCCAAAGCUCGGGCUGCCAUGACGUUUGUGCUCCUCCAGGGGGCGGCAGCGGACACAGUGGGACAGGGGUCAGAGCAGCUGGUGCAGAGACAACAUGGAGUGUUCAGCCAAACGCUCACUGCAGUCACCUCUGCUUUUAUUUUGAAACUCCACAACAGUUUAGACGACGCCAACUUCCUGAAACAGCUGCACACGAUCGGAAUCCUGGCUCAGUUUGAGGGUCUACUCAGUACUUAUGGAGAUGAGCUGGGGAUGCUCGAGGACAUGGAAAUGGGCGUGUCCGAACUCAGCAAAGUGAAAUUUGUUUUGACUGAAGGAAAAAGCGACCAAUCAGACGACCUCCUGCCAACACUGACCGGGACAUGGGACAGUUUGGUGGUAAAUGUCCCGUUGCCUCCAGAGAACUUCUCGUCCCUUCCACAGGAGCUGAGGGAAGGGCAUCUGAUACAUCUGCACCCAGUUUUCUUCAACAUCGGCAUCAACCAGCAGCAGAGUCUGGCUGAGAGGUUUGGAGACAGUUCACUUCAGGAGAUUCUGAACCAGGAGAGCUGUGAGCGACUCAGAGUUUACUGCACCGAGCUGCACGACAAACUCAAUCAGACGGCUGACAUGGACACACUUCCAGAGUUGUUGUCUGCGCUGGACUCUUGUGUAGAAGCCAAAAAAAGGAAGAAUGUGGAGGUUUUGUGGCUGGCUGCUACGGUUUGUAGAAAAGUAAACGGCCUUCGUCUGACCAGCUGUAAAAGCGCCAAAGAUCGAACGUCCAUGUCCGUGACCCUGGAGCAGUGCGCUCUGCUGAGAGAGAGACACGGCCUGCACCCGCAGCACUUCAGCGCCGCCCUGGACGCCAUGAGGAGUGACGGCUGUCGACUGGAGAACGUCCAGAAGAACAUCGGCUGCAGGAGGUUCGCAUUCACCAGCGUUCAGCUCCUGGCGUUUCCCAAACAUUACAGACCCCCGGACGGCACCUACGGACACGCUCAGACAUAACUAUUAAACCACUGUUAGCACGCCGCGGUACUCCAGAUGCCCUCCCGGAUGCAAAAGUCUGCAUUUGUUUUUGGCCUGGGUUAGAGCUGCACUACUAAACUAACUAGAUGUUUCCAUAAAAAAGGAAGAAUAUUUUACGUAAUUUCAAUGUUUGAGUGCGUUAUUUGAUAAUCGGCUCUGUGCGCAGUAGCAUGCUAACUAGCUCACUACACUAGCUAGCUCACUGCGUCUCAAACAUGGACGUAUAAUGAAAUCUGGAAGGUGAAUCCAAGAUGGCGUCGUUUUUGCGUCCAACGGCCUAGGCUCAAAAACAACGUUCCCUUCCGCCGUACAUCCUCUUCACGGGCUAGCUCCUCCCACCAUGUGACCUCAGAAUCAGAGCGACGGCUGCUAAAGCGGAGCUAGCGCGGGCUCAGAGCGAGGCUAAGUUAUAUCUUACGAAGCUAACUUUUAGGAGCU